GCCAACCCCACCCCCUUCAAACCGUGUUGUUGAGCUCAACUUCAUCGAAUCUCGCGUCUAAGUUUCAGAUGUGACCUCCACCUUGAAAAUUUCCCCAAAUCAAGAACAUCAAACCCUAGAAAGAGACGAUCAUGGACCUCAACAAGUUCUCCAUCGGCCACAACAACAACAAAAAUCCACCACAACUUCUUCGACCUCGGUACCUCAAGCUCGGCAUCGGCGGCGGCGGCGCGGGCGGCGAUGGGGACAGCACAGCGGCGGCGGCAUGGGGUCCAUCGCAAUGGAGACCGACGACUGCAGCGUCCGUCGAUUCCAACUCCAGACAAAGCCCCUAAACCAACUCCCAAACUCGAUUCCUCCAUCACCCGGGCCUCAAACCCUUCGAUCUCUCCGAGGGUUCGACUCAACACAGCAAGAACGGGCCCAGGCCCAACCGGAGAAUCCCGCACGCUUUGAAAGACGACAUCUUGGCCCAGAUGUUGAUGGACCCAAGUCAAACUACCAUCUCCCUCGGCCCGAGCUACGAUCACUGGGACAUUGAUCUUCGAAAGCUCAACAUGGGGGUUGCUUUUGCACAGGGAGCAUUUGGGAAGCUCUACCGUGGGACCUAUAACAGCGAGGAUGUGGCAAUUAAGCUUUUGGAGCGACCGGAGAAUGAUUUGGAGCGAGCUCAGUUGAUGGAGCAGCAGUUCGCUCAGGAGGUAAUGAUGCUCGCAAACUUGAAGCACCCAAACAUCGUUAGGUUCAUUGGUGCUUGCAGGAAGCCGAUGGUUUGGUGCAUUGUGACCGAGUAUGCGAAGGGCGGUUCUGUGAGGCAGUUUCUUAUGAAGAGGCAGCACAGGACGAUUCCAGCGAGGGUUGCAGUGAAGCAGGCUUUGGAUGUUGCUAGAGGGAUGGAAUAUGUGCAUGGACUCGGGUUCAUUCAUAGGGAUCUAAAGUCGGAUAAUUUGCUUAUUUUUGGGGAUAAGUCGAUUAAGAUUGCGGACUUUGGGGUGGCUAGGAUUGAGGUGAAGACGGAAGGGAUGACACCGGAAACCGGGACGUAUCGCUGGAUGGCCCCGGAAAUGAUCCAACACCGACCCUACGACCAAAAAGUAGACGUUUACAGCUUUGGAAUUGUCUUAUGGGAGCUGAUAACAGGAAUGCUCCCGUUUCAAAACAUGACAGCUGUCCAAGCAGCCUUCGCCGUGGUAAACAAAGGCGCUCGACCCAACAUCCCAAAUGACUGUCUCCCUGUACUACGAGAUCUCAUGACCCGCUGCUGGGAUGCUAACCCUGAUGUUCGCCCCUCCUUCACUGACAUUGUCAGAACCCUUGAGUAUGCGCAGGUGGAGAUCGGAGCCACCGUGCGCAAAGCCCGGUUCCGGUGCUGCAUGUCGGAACCGAUGACGACUGAUUGAAGAAGAAAGGUUGAAGUGAAUAGUGAAAGAAGAUAGAAUGUAUUUAGCACCUUAUAUAAGUUUGUUAUGCAUGUAUGUUGUUGUUGUUGUUUGCGUUCUAUAGAUGGUUAUAUUUUAGGUUGUGGUUGUUUCAUGCUAUAGCAAAUUCCAUCUUUUUCUUUAAAAUCGAAAAGUUUUCUUCCUUCUUGGCAA